UCCUGGAAAGCAAACAUGUUGAUAAAAUAUUCUUUCUUAAGAAAUAACUUUGUUUUCAUUUCUCUCUUUUUAUUUUUUAUUUCCCCAGAUGUAAGCAUCUCUGUGUCAUCUUUACAAAGCAAAGAGAGUAUUUCAUUACUGGGAAAUAGGAGACUUUAUUUUGACACUCAUGCGCUGGUAUGCCUCUUGGAAGAAAAUGGGUUCACUACUCAGCAGUCGGAGGUCAUUGUGUCUGCAUUAGUGAAAAUCAUGAACACCAACCUGGAUAUGAUUUACAAGGACAUGGUCACCAAAGUACAGCAGGAAAUUGCACUUCAGCAAAUAAUGUCCCAUAUUGGUGGAGUGAAAAAGGACAUGAUUAUUUUGGAAAAAAGUGAAUUUUCAGCACUUCGUUCAGAAAAUGAGAAAAUAAAACUUGAGCUCCAACAGAUAAAGAAGCAAGUCAUGGAUGAAAUUACCAAAGUUCGUGCAGAUAACAAGUUAAACCUAAACCUGGAGAAGAGCAGAGUAAAAGAACUGUAUUCACUUAAUGAAAGAAAACUACUUGAAAUGAGGACAGAAAUAGUGGAAUUGCACGCACAACAAGACCGAGCUCUGACCCAAACAGACAGAAAAAUAGACACUGAAGUUGCGGAUCUGAAAACAAUGCUCGAAUCACACAAACUUGAUAACAUUAAAUACUUAGCAGGUUCAGUAUUUACAUGCCUUACUGUAGCACUGGGAUUUUAUCGUUUAUGGAUAUAACAAAUCACAAAUUUAAAGGGACUUCUUUGCCUGAGUUUUGGGAAAAAAGAAGUUUUCAAUCUUUCCCUGGGUUUUAACCAAAUCUUGACUGUUUUAUUUAUUAUUUAUAAAGCAGACUGUUGAGAAUGUAACCAAAGACGUGCCUAAAAACAAACUGUGCAUAUACCUUGCAUAUGUUGAACCUUACCUCUUGAUGGAAGCACUUUUGCCAUUUCCCUCCGUUCUGAGCUGCAGGGCACCUGCCGAUGCCAAGUGUCCUGUAUAGGCAAAGACUGGCAUUCCUGACAAUGGAGUGGGCCUGCAUGCUGUAAAGAAAACCAGUGGAAUUAUGUUCCAUUGCCUGUUUAGACUCAUUGGCCAGACUCAGUUGUGUGUAUUGGACUGAAGUAUUUAUUAUUAGUGUAAAACUGAAGCUACGUGUUCUGUGGCUUGGAGGCACUCUUGUAUAAGUGGAGUUUGUGCUAACUGAAUCAUGCUUACUUCUCUCUCUCUAACACUUGUUCAUGCAGUUACUAUGAUCAAAUAUUUGUUUGGCUAUUUUUGUAACGUAGCUAUCGGCUUGUUUUCCAGAUAGCUGCCCAAUCAGUUGUGCUCAUGAACGAAUCUUUUGUAAAGAUAGCAGUGUUUGCUGCUAGUUUUGUCUGUAAGGUAUUUGUAGAGAUUUUUGUGACUAACUUGCCUUUGGUACACAUAAGUAUUUGAUACUCAUUCCGUAUGCUAAUUGCUUACCUUACUACUGUAACUGGAAGCUGGAAAUGCAGUGAGAUAUGCUGGUUGUGUUAAUUUGUACUUAGGUGAUACAAAGUGUCUCAGGUGCUGCCUUCUUGAUGAAUGGGAAUUGAUGCUUCUAGAAAGGAAAGAGAUUUUAAAUGGUGGUUAUGAAGCAGGCUCUUAAGCAAGAGAACUGCAGUACCAACAAUCUGGGGGUUUUAUUGUUUCAUUUCUUAAAAAAUCAUGUUGGUUCUUCAAAUGUGGAACUCUAGUAGUGAUUGUAAUAAUUGAAGCAGCAGUGGACACCUGUAAAGAUGUUAAACCCACAUAGAUCAGGAAGUGCCACUGAAAGCAGUGAAUAAAGAUGUCCAGUGUAUCCAGGUAUCUGUCAUUCUUCCAGUGAUUAAAUGACUGUUUUAGUAGCAGAGCUGCCAUCUGUAUUCUUUCACUUAAGGGAAAUCUCCCUUUCCUGCUUGCUCUUCUCCUAGAGCUCAGUUUAUGCACUGGUAAUAAAUGCUGCUAGAGCACAGUAAUGGCUUUGCCUAAUGAAAGCAAAGCUUUUUGGCUACUUUGUGCCUAUACUGUAAUAACCAUUUAACAUUUUUGUGGUUGGAAGUGCCAACUUUGAUCAUGUGCAAGUUCAGAGGAAGAGAUGGAUGCCUGUAACAAUACUAUACUGGCCUGAAAUAAAAGAUUUUUAAUAUUUCAUAGA